GCACGUACGGUAAAGACUGGUCAGAUUUAAACUCCAAACUGGAACCAUACAUACGUUUGUUCCUCAUAUUGUGCUUCCUUCACGACAGAAUCAUGGCGGUGCACUACCUACAGACGACGCCUGUGAUGAUUGUUAUGUACCUGAUAUUAACUCGCCAGACCACAGCUACAACAGAAGAGUUUCGAGUCUCCGUACCAGAAAACGUGGCUGUCGGACAGGCCAUAUUUACCCUACCUAGGACCCAACUUCGAGACAAAGCGGAACUUCCGUGUGCCAAAAUGGACGGGGAUCCGCAUUUUCGCUUCAACAUGACCGAAAACUGCACCAUUAUGGUCGCCAACCCUCUGGACUGGUCUGUAGAGUCGGCAUAUCUGCUCAACAUUCACAGGGGAUUGUAUAGCACCAGUGUCAAAGUGCAGUUGACUGACGUUGUAGGCUACCCUCCUGUGUACAACGAAACAUGCGAAACACCUACCAAUCCUAAAGGUGGAGUAUCGAAUUUACUCUUUAGUUUUACGUUAAGUACGGAAGUGCUGACCACUAACGGUGAUGUUCUGUACACAAGACAGCGUUGGAACGAUGACGCAUUCCACGGUACUACCUAUGAUCCUUGGAGGGCUAACACAAACAACGGUGACUGCACUUUCCAUUUAGCUACAUACACAACUUGGGCUGAUGAUCUCAUUACAUUACAAGAUAUAUAUGAUAACGGCAUACGUCAAAUGACAUGUAGUGUGGGGUCUGGUGAUCACGAUUUGUUAGGUGAGUUGUUUUUUAGAGGACGCGAGAACGAAUCAAGACUUCAGAAAUUAAGAAAGUUUGUUCCUAACUCUAUCGUAGAGGACAAGAAUAUCAAGUAUUUCGUAUUGUCCACGUGCAUUUUUCCUGCGAAAGAAGCGAAGUUAUAUUCCUGCAACUUUCCAACAUCUCUUAAUCCCCCAGUCAGGUCCUUGAUCAACCCUGGUACCAGGAUAGAAAUAGCAAGCAUUGGAUAUGCAGAUAUAGAAGUACGACCAAUAGGCUGCCCUGUUGGAAAAUACGGCUUCUUCUGUAAUAAGAACUGUAUUUGUAAGAACGGCGCCCGCUGCCACGGGUUUAACGGCGCCUGCAAAUGUGCCCCCGGCUGGAAAGGUGUGGCCUGUGACAUUCCCAAGCCAGACGUCUCGAUAACCACGACACCUAGCGACCCUCAACGAAUCUACACUUCCCGCAAUGUGGCUUUACAUUGUAGGGCACACAACAUUGAUGUUGAAGUCAUGUCUCUGCGAUUUCCAAAUGGAUCGAAGAAACUGGUUAGUGGAGAGAACCACAUGACUGUACUUGUCGCAAACAUACAACUUGAAGAUAGUGGAUAUUACAUUUGCAUGGUUCUUGACAAAGAUGGACUUGCUCUAAAUGCAUCAAUGGUUCUUGAUGUGAAUUGCCCACCGAACCGCAAGGGUGUUGAUUGUGAUGAAGUGUGUGAUUGCCUGCAAGGUGCCAGCUGUGACCGGAUGGCCGGUUGUGUCUGUCCGCCGGGAUGGACGGGAACCUGGUGUCAGACAAGGUGUCCCCGUGGCACGUACGGUAAAGACUGUACAAAACGCUGCAGCUGCCAGAAUGAGGCGAGCUGCAGUCCUAGCGGAGGCAGGUGUAACUGCACCGACGGCUGGUACGGAAACGACUGCGGCAAACCGUGUCCGAGCGGUCUUUUCGGGUGGAGAUGCCAGCAGCGUUGUGUUUGUAAGAACAACGCCACAUGCAAUAUCGUGGACGGUAGCUGCACAUGUGUAACACCGUGGACGGGACGGUACUGUGACCAAUUGCAGACAACCAGAGAUCAACCAUUGCCGGAAAUCCUGAUCCCGAUAGGCUCCUUAGUCCUGCUGGUUGCCAUAGUGAUGGCCAUACUCUUUAAAUCAGGAUUUCUGGCUUACUCCGUGCCUGAAACAGGCGAGGAAGAAAAGAUACUUUUCGAGCUGAGGAGAAUGGAGCAGGACCUAGCACAGACUCUACAGCCGGGCUGGCUCGGGCGUUGGGAGAAGAAGGCCCGCCAUCUCACUCCUGGUCCCCUGAUAGGGGAAGGAAUGUUUGGGAAAGUCAGAAGGGCACAGCUACGCACGGCUGGAGGGCGGCUAGACGUCGCCGCCAAAGCAGUUCGCGUGGAGGACGCGCAGUCCUAUCGUGACUUCUACAGGGAAGCAGCCAUACUGGUAGCCGUGCACCAAGUGCGGGAACAAGCCGGCAACGAUCUCGAGUCCAACAUCGUUCGACUUGUGGGGCUCAUCACCAAGUCUGCGGAGAAGUACAUCCUUCUAGAAUAUGCCCCAAAAGGCGAUCUCUUAGGCUUCUUACGAGGGAUAAAGAACAACAAUCAGGAGUACCAACUUGAAAAUCUUCUAGGAUACGCAGUUCAUAUAGCACGUGCUCUGCAAGAGCUAGAGCGCCUGAGAAUCGCCCAUCGUGACGUGGCCGCUCGUAACGUCCUCAUCACUGCCGAUGACGUGGCCAAGUUGGCAGAUUUUGGACUGGCCAGAGAUGUGUACGCCACCACUCAGUAUGUACGAGCCAACCGGCCAGGCCUUGACGAACUCCUGCCGCUGAAGUGGAUGGCGCUGGAGUCCAUCGAGACCGGCGAGUACACCUGUCAGAGUGACGUCUGGUCCUUCGGCGUGCUGCUGUGGGAGAUCGCCACGCUGGGACAAGAUCCGUGCUACGAUGGCAGAAUGCAACUCACUUUUCUCCAGAUGGUGGGGAUUCUGAGGCAAGGAACACGGAUGAACAGGCCGCCGGAGUGUCCGGAGGACCUGUACCGACUGAUGAGGGCGUGUUGGCGCGACGUUCCUGAUACAAGACCGACUCCAGAAGGGAUAGAAAAGAAACUGAUGCAACUGAGACGUGCACUGAUCCCACCCGAAGCCAUUCAAAUGGAGACAGCCUUGACCCAAGUGGCUGGCACCAGGGUAGAAAUAACAAGCAUUGAAUAUGCAGAUAUAGAACUACGCCCCACAGGCUGCCCUGUUGGAAAAUACGGCUUCUUCUGUGAUAAGAACUGUAUCUGUAAGAACGGCGCCCGCUGCCACGGGUUUAACGGCGCCUGCAAAUGUGCCCCCGGCUGGAAAGGUGUGGCCUGUGACAUUCCCAAGCCAGACGUGUCGAUAACCACGGCACCUAGCAACCCUCAACGAAUCUACACUUCCCGCAAUGUGAGUUUACAUUGUAGGGCACACAACCUUGAUGCCAAAGUCAUGUCUCUGCGAUUUCCAAAUGGAUCAGAGAUUAUGAAACUGGUUAGUGGCGAGAACCACAUGACUGUACUUGUCGCAAACAUACAACUUGAAGAUAGUGGUUAUUACAUUUGCAUGGUUCUUGACAAAGAUGGACUUGCUCUAAAUGCAUCAAUGGUUCUUAAUGUGCAUUGCCCACCGAACCGCAAGGGUGCCGAUUGUGAUGAAGUGUGUGAUUGCCUGCAAGGUGCCAGCUGUGACCGGAGGGCCGGUUGUGUCUGUCCGCCGGGAUGGACGGGAACCAGGUGUCAGACAAAAUGUCCCCGUGGCACGUACGGUAAAGACUGUACAAAACGCUGCAGCUGUCAGAAUGAGGCGAGCUGCAGCCCUAGUGGAGGCAGGUGUAACUGCACCGACGGCUGGUACGGAAACAACUGCGGCAAACCGUGCCCGAGCGGUCUUUUCGGGUGGAGAUGCCAGCAGCGUUGUGUUUGUAAGAACAACGCCACAUGCAACAGCGUGGACGGUAGCUGCACAUGUGUAAAACCGUGGACGGGACGGUACUGUGACCAAUUGCAGACAAGCAGAGAUCAACCAUUGAUGGAAAUCCUGAUCCCGCUAGGCUCCUUAGUCCUGCUGGUUGCCAUUGUGAUGGUCAUACUCUUUAAAUCAGGAUUUCUGGCUUGCUCCGUGCCUGAAACAGGCGAGGAAGAAAAGAUACUUUUCGAGCUGAGGAGAAUGGAGCAGGACCUAGCACAAACUCUACAGCCGGGCUGGCUCGGGCGUUGGGAGAAGAAGGCACGCCAUCUCGCUCCUGGUCCCCUGAUAGGGGAAGGAAUGUUUGGGAAAGUCAGAAAGGCACAGCUACGCACGGCUGGAGGGCGGCUAGACGUCGCCGCCAAAGCAGUUCGCGUGGAGGACGCGCAGUCCUAUCGUGACUUCUACAGGGAAGCAGCCAUACUGGUAGCCGUGCACCAAGUGCAGGGACAAGACGACAACAAUCGCAAUGAGUCCAACAUCGUUCGACUUGUGGGGCUCAUUACCAAGUCUGCGGAGAAGUACAUCCUUCUAGAAUAUGCCCCAAAAGGCGAUCUCUUAGGCUUCUUACGAGGAAUAAAGAACAACAAUCAGGAGUACCAACUUGAAAAUCUUCUAUUAUACGCAGUUCAUAUAGCACGAGCUCUGCAAGAGCUAGAGCGCCUGAGAAUCGCCCAUCGCGACGUGGCCGCUCGUAACGUCCUCAUCACUGCCGAUGACGUGGCCAAGUUGGCUGAUUUUGGACUGGCCAGAGAUGUGUACGCCACCACUCAGUAUGUACGAGCCAACCGGCCAGGCCUUGACGAACUCCUGCCGCUGAAGUGGAUGGCGCUGGAGUCCAUCGAGACCGGCGAGUACACCUGUCAGAGUGACGUCUGGUCCUUCGGCGUGCUGCUGUGGGAGAUCGCCACGCUGGGACAAGAUCCGUGCUACGAUGGCAGGGUUCAUCUGACUUUUCUCCAGAUGGUGGGGAUUCUGAGGCAAGGGAUAAGGAUGAAUAUGCCGCCGGAGUGUCCGGAGGACCUGUACCGACUGAUGAGGGCGUGUUGGCGCGACGUUCCUGAUACAAGACCGACUCCAGAAGGGAUAGAGAAGAGACUGAUGCAACUGAGACGUGCACUGCUCCCACCCGAAGCCAUUCAAAUGGAAACUGCGUUGUAAUCAUGGCAAAUAUCUACUUG